UUUAGUACUUGAGUGUGUAACGAUUCGAAUGGUUGAGUGUGCGGGGCAGGCUCCGCGAUGCAUUAAUUUUGUGUUUUUAAAUAACCGGCGAAAGGGCGGAUAACUUGACGUACUCCGUGGAAAAUGUUCCGAAUCGAGUGAAUGAAGUGAAUUUGCUAAUUCCGUUGCGCUGAGUGUCGGGUGGCCCCAGCGCCAGUAAAAAGAGGCUGCUUGGAGUGGUGCAGUUUGUGAUUCUACCUGUUUGUCAAGUUCACUGAAGACGAUCGCGUCCGCGGCUCCCCGCGAUCUCCCUUAGCAGUGGAGGUGAUCUGACGGUUAAUGGUGUCUCCUAAAAGUUAUCUUCUGCAAUUUGAAGCGGGCAGCAAUCUCUCGUGUCUUACCCGGUUGGUAACGUUCAUUCAACACCAAAAUAUAUCCUUGCUCGUCUAGAAUAUCGAAACUAGCACGGUUGAAGCUCGUUCCCAUAAUUUAAACGGCUGUAGUCCCCACAGUGCAUCAAUAAGACUCCAGCGAAAGCUGCGGGAAUACCACAAGCGGACGUUCCUCGAAUACUGGAGGGUUGAACAGGACCACGCCAACUUGAAUAAAAAUAUCGAGCAAAGGACCACGGGCAAGAUGUUCCGUGUGAUGCAAGUGUGAGUGAGCUCGACGUGCAUUUUGCGCUGUGUAAUCGAAAAUUGCGGCGUUGCCAUGACAACGACUAUUCUGUAAACAAAUCGAGCAUGCCUGGUUGAUAUUUGUCUAAUUUGCAAAUGUUCUGUCGAUAAAUGUUAAUGGUUCUCCGAAUUCGUAGUAUUAAUUUGUGCCAGAAUCCUGCUGCUACCAUUCGUGUCAGAAUUGGAAGCUGCAACUGCCAUGCGUAUUCAGCUCGAGUGUCAGGUGAAGUGUCAAAUUUGCAUGAUUUCACAAUGGUUACAUCUUCCAUUGUCAAUAUUAACCCUGAUGUUACCUGCUAAUGAGUAUAGUGUUUGAAGCUCCUCGAAAUAUCAUGCCAGUGGAUUAAACAAAAAGUGUUAUUUUCUGUUUUCCAUUUUUUGAGAAAUUCAAAUUUAACGGCUAAAAAGAAAGGAAAUAAUGAAGGUUACUGUGUGUUUUGGUGCUGUUCGUGUGGUUGUUCCCUGCGGCAACGGCGAACUUCUCGUGCGCGAUCUAAUCAACGAGGCCAUUCGGAGAUAUAAAAAGGCAGCUGGAAAGGAACCAGAUUCAUGGGUUGCAGUCCACCAUUUACAAACACAGUCUGGCAUCUUAGAUCCCGAUGAUCGUCUAAAUGAUGUUGCCGACGAUCGCGAACAAAUUCUAGCCAGUUUUGAAGAUGCCGGUCCAGAUCCCGGUUUACAACAAGGCGGAGGCGAUGGUGCCAGUGGAAGUUCUUCCGUCGGAACUGGGAGUCCCGAUAUAUUUCGGGAUUCUAAUAACAUCGAAGCACGCAGCAGAAACAAUGUUGAUAAUACUACACCUCAUAUUGAGGUAACCAGUACAGCUGCUCCACAUUCCGGUUUGGGUCUGCAGGUCAGAAGAAGCAGUGAUCCAAAUUUAGUGCAAGCUUUAAAAAAUCAGUCAGAAUCGACAAAGAGAUGGUCCGCGGCAGCUCCAGCUUGUGGAAGGGAGAGUCCUGAAAGGAUAUUAGAAAAAAUAAACUACUUAUCUCCACAAUGGGAAAUAGAAGAUGACGAACAUCAUCAUAGUAGACAAAGUUCAGCUCAGAGUUUUGCUCGCUCUGGUCGCCUUUCAAUGCAAUUUUUGGGCGAUGGCAAUGGCUAUAAAUGGAUGGAGGCAGCAGAAAAAUUGGCUUCCCAAACUUACUCCACAAAGUCAUUACCACGUGAAGCGGGUAAACGGAAAGAACCUUUAGGGCAAGCGUAUGAGUCUAUAAGGGAAAAAGAUGGAGAAAUGCUUCUGAUUAUAAAUGAAGGUGGGGGUCCGUUAGGGCUGACCGCCGUUCCGGAUGAAUCUGGUGGCCUUCUUGUUCAAAAUGUUGAGUCUGGCAGCCGUGCUGAAAAAGGUCGCCUUCGAAAAGGUGAUCGAAUUUUAGAAAUAAAUGGAACAAAACUCGUAGGUCUGAAUGAUGGAAAAAUGCAGGAACAUUUAAGGAAAAGCCUUGCCAGUAAUGAGCUUCGAGUUCGAGUGAUUCGAGGCAAUAGCAUAGCUGGUCGAAAUAAGAAAGACACAAAAAUUGCUGAGAUGAUUGAAGCGGAAGAAAAAUCUUCAGGGACAAAAGUUGCGACUGUAUCGCCAACACGAAAAGUUCCUGGCGCUCCAGUAGGAACUUCCCUCCAAGUAGCCAACACUCGAAAGUUGGGGAGAAAAAUCGAAAUUAUUCUGAAAAAGGGUCCUCAUGGCUUGGGCUUUACAGUAACCAGUCGCGAUAACCCUGCUGGAGGGCAUUGCCCAAUCUAUAUUAAAAAUAUUCUACCAAAGGGUGCUGCUAUCGAUGAUGGGAAGCUGAAACCUGGAGAUAGAUUGUUAGAAGUUGACGGAGUGCCAAUGACCGGGAAAUCUCAAUCAGAUGUUGUCAGUAUAUUGCGUGCCACUCAACCAGGAGCCACUGUGAGCUUGAUAGUUUCACGUCAACAAGAACUAACUGAAGUUGGAGAACGAGAAAUUAAUCUUCUGGAAGAACAAGAAGAUACAACGAAUCGGCCACCUAAGCCACCUGCACCUGUUCUUCCGCCGUCUUUAGCGAAACCUCAAAAUUUACGAUCGACCGAUAACAAUUCAACACCGAAAGUUGGUAUUGAUCAGAAUUUCAUAGAUGGAGGUAGUGAAUCUACAGCAUCUUCCGAUAGUUUGCAAUCUGGGAUACCAUGGCGUAAUCGCGAAGUACUGACUCUUCAUAUUCCCGUAUAUGAUACUGAAAAAGCGGGCCUUGGAGUUAGUGUUAAAGGCAAAACAAACUCCAUUAACAACUCGAAUGGAUCUAACAAUCCUCCAAAGAAUGACGGUGAUCUGGGAAUCUUUGUAAAAAACGUACUUCACGGUGGGGCAGCGUCAAGGGACGGCCGUUUAAGAAUGAAUGACCAAUUACUUAGUAUAAAUGGAAUUUCGCUACUUGGUCAGAGCAACGCCGAUGCCAUGGAAACGCUAAGGCGAGCUAUGAUUCACACAACAGGAAAGAUUCCAGGAGUAAUAACUCUAACAAUAGCACGAAAAAUCGUACGACCGCACAGCUCAGGCGAUCUACUAGACCAAAACGAUAGCUCUAACACUAGUGAAAAUUCAGGGAAAACAGUAAUAUAUCUAAGCCCUGAUAAGAAAGAAGUUAAAGAUAAUUUAAAUAGGUGGAGUAAUCCCGUAUUAGACCGAUUAACUGGUGGAGUGUGUUCCAAUCCAGGUAAUAAAAGGCCCUCGCCGCUUAUGACGCAUGGCCUACGAAACGAAAGCUAUUAUAUCGCAACAAACGACACAUGGUCUCCAGCUCUAAAUCAACAAAUGCAUCAAAUGAACCAUUCAGUUUUGAUAGAGGAUGAUCCAGAACCCAUGUCUCCAACAAUUCCGCCUCGACCAAAUGCUGACACAGUAACUUCACCUCAAAGCCAAAAUUCAAGUCAUGUAAAUUGUGAUGCCACAUAUUCAUCGCAACUGAGUUUGGAAACAAAUACAUCUGCCGAGGCAUUUAGCAGAGAUGCAGUCGGGCGUCGCUCAAUUUCGGAAAAGCACCAUGCUGCCUUGGAUGCACGAGAAACAGGAACGUAUCAAAGGAACAAAAAAUUACGGGAAGAACGUGAAAAGGAACGUCGAUUGAAGCUGACAAAAUCUGCUAUUAUAAGCGGAUCAGUGGAAUCGUUGACUCGAUUGCCUGGAUCGUCUGUUCGUAGUGUCGGCCAUAGAUCGAAUCACAAUGACUUGAAUGCAGAGGCACUAGAUAAAAUUGGUGACUUGGGUCCAUCAUUGGGCAUGAAAAAAUCUUCCAGUUUGGAAUCAUUACAAACUAUGGUACAAGAGAUUCAGAUGUCCGAUGAACCAAGAGGUGGCCCGAGUGCUUUACGAGCACCCCGCGGUCGAGGACGAGAAGAAAAUCUACGUGCUGCAGUGGUUGCUGCACCAGAUGGUUCGAAGCCACGGAAACAUUGGUUACUUGAAGAAGGUGAUUCAGAUGGCGGUUUCAUGAAUCGACACAGUCCUUUCCAGAGCUCAUUGAAUGAUGGAAAGAAUAAGAAUCGAGCAAAGAAGCCAGGUCUCCUGAAGGGUAUUGGUCACAUGUUUCGAUUUGGCAAACAUCGAAAAGAUGGAGUUAUGCCUGUUGAAACGGUUAGCGAAUUUGGUGCAACAAUGCAACAAAGUUCGCAUCAUCAGCAGGUCAUAUCGCAAUUACCACCAACAACAGAACGAGACCGUGAUCGACCAAAAGGUGGACCGCCAGGCUAUCAACCACCUCCGCCUCCAAGCAAUAUACCAAAUAAUGGAAUUCAACAAAAUGAUAUUUUUAAUCAUAGGUAUCAACACUAUGUGAAUUACGAUGAAAUUCAGCAUCAGCAGCAAAUCAAAACAACUAAUGAAGAGCUCUCCGAAUCAACGAUAGAGAAUAUGCGACGGCAAGUUAUGCGACAACGCACUAAAGUUGAAGAAGAAAGUCGAAGACAUCAACAUUAUCAUUCGCAACGAAGCACUCGCAAUGAUUCAUCGAAUUCAAAUAUGUAUCAACAAAAACAGCAUCAUCAGUCACAAAUGCAGAAUCGACCAGCUUCAAACUAUUACGAAUACGACACUAUUAAGCUUUCGUCUUCGGUAGGUGGUCCGAACGAAGGACGUAAAAUAAGUGCGCCUUCACCUCCACGUCAGUGGAAAUCCGCGACGUUGAGCGGGAUGGGUUCAUCGAAUGGAGGUGGAAGCGGUAGGCAUCGCGGACCGUUCGUAACUCAGGUUCAAAUACGAGAUCAAACGCAAAACAUUCCCGGUGCCCAACAAUCUAGCGGAAGUAGUCAGCAACAACAGCAGCCGCCCAAUCAUCCCUACUAUCAACGGCACCAAUCAAGCCAACCACAGCCACAUGCUUCUAGGUUCAAAGGAAAAUAGUCCCUCGUCCCGACCUGAUCAAAAUUAUGCAUUCGUCGGGACUCUAUAGAGUCGCACCAGUCAUCAAUUCAGUUUCAAAUUCUAUACAUAUUCGAUCAUUCAUACCCCUCAAUUCGAUAAGAAAUAAAGACGUUCACUUACUUGAAACGAAACACUAUGUUACUCAUGUAUAUUUAUUGUAAUCGUCGUACUGUAAAUUAUUAAACCUAAAGCUAACUUUUUUUAAACUCAGUUUUAUUCCUUUUCAUAUAUUUACGUAGUGAAUAGAAGAAUAUUAGACACAAUGGAAAACUAAGUUAGAAAACGAAAUUUAAAAGUCUACAUACCAAACUGUGAUUUUAAGACUUAAAAGAUUCAAUUAUCAUUUCAUAUCAAAUAUUUUCUUUGUUACCAAUAAAACUUUAGUAAAACGCAUUGUUUUGCAUUUUUAUAGCGUACAAUUUUUUGUUGUACGAAAAUUGUUGGUAACAUUUGCAAUUACCAAUAUAUUUGCUCUUCUCUAAGUUAAUAUUCAGUAAACUGGUAGCAGUACGAGUGAUGUGUACACAAAAGACAUUGUACUCUUACCAUUCCGUAUAGUUUCUGUUAAUAAUGUCGAAAAAAUCAAUGCAUCGACUCAAAAAAAUCAUAUAAAAUUAGAACCGCAAAGUAUUGUACAUAGAAUAAAACCUUGCAGUGCUAUGUAGUAAACGAUAAUUGUAGAACACUUUUUACGAUACGAGAAAUCUUAAUUAGUUGAAUAAGCAAUUGUCUCUAUUUCGUGUAAGCUUAUUUUCAAUAAAUCAUGGUUAUGUAUUCACUAUGUCCAAGAUCAAAUAUUAUCAUCAUGAAAUAUAGUCUAGAAAAAUUAUCAACUAAUAAUUCCAUUCUAAUAUUUAAGUGUUUGCAGUCUAGAUGAUUUGCUAUUAUGUAAAAAAUAAAAUAUAUAUGGAUAUGAAA